AAAAGAGGAAUGCAAAUUACAAAAUAAAUUCACAAUACAAAUGAGCAUAAUUACAAAAGCCUCAUCUCCCUUAUCUUGCCUUCCCAUCAUCGCCGUCAUCGUCAUCAUCUUCUUUUUCUUUUUAUCAUCAUCAUAUUUCCUCCUCUCUCUCUAAUCUACCCUUUCUGUAUAUUAUUAUCUUGUCUUUGAUUCCCAACUCGCAUAUAUUAUCGAGUUGAAACCCUUAAAAGCUUUCUAAAAGAGAAAAAGAGAGAUCAAUUUAGUUAGAACAUGGCGUUCUCAUCUGUUCCAUCCUAUCUUGAUCACCACAAUUGGCAUCUUCAGUUGCAACAAUCAAGUCACCAACAAGCGAGUGUCGGUGGUGCUGGUGGUGAAAACCCUAAUCUCCCUCCACCACCGGUACAACCACCACCCCCAUCACAUCCUAGUGGAGGGGGUGCUGGUGCUGGUGCUGGUGGAGAAGGUUCCACCAGACCAGGAUCUAUGGUAGACCGAGCAAGGAUGCUCAAUCUACCUAUGCCAGAGCCAGGGUUAAAUUGUCCACGUUGUGAAUCAACCAACACUAAGUUCUGCUAUUUCAACAACUAUAGCCUCACGCAACCACGACACUUUUGCAAGUCAUGUAGGCGUUAUUGGACUCGCGGUGGUGCUCUAAGAAACGUUCCGGUGGGGGGAGGUUGUCGGAAAAACAAAAGGAGUAAUAAAAACAGAAGAUCAAAAUCUCCAACCCAAACAAGGCCUAAAUCUGUAGGUGAUAGUCCAUCAAGGUGUAGUACAGAAACAAUGACUAGUACUCAACUCCAUCAUCCUCCCUCUCUUCAAUUGCCAUUCAUGACCUCUUUAGGUCAAUAUGGAGGUGUUGGUGGCAAUAUUAGCUCAAAUCUUGCUGGCUUUCAGCUUCAAAAUGAAAUGGGUAGUUUUCAACUAGGAAGUGGGAGCUCAAAUGGGAAUAAUUUCAAUAAUAUGUUAUCAGUUGGAGGUGCUGAAAAUUGGAAAUUGCCUUACUUGGCUGGUUUUGAGGUACCUAGUAACCCGAAUCUAUUUCACUAUCAAAGUGAAGGUGUAUCUGAAGCACCAUCAUCAUCAAUGGUAGGAAGAGAUGAUAACACUCAAAUAGAUCCUCCAGUGAAGAUGGAAGACAACCGCGGUUUAAAUUUAUCAAGGCAGUUUCUUGGUGUUUCGGAAACUACUAAUCAACAACCAUGGGUGGGAAAUGCUUGGACCCAAUUUUCGGGUGUUAGUAGUACUUCUUCUAUCACUCCAACUACACAUUUCAUAUAAUCUGGUUGGGCACUAGCGGUGUGUUCUUUGAUCUAACGACGCAUUUUGAGUAUAAUUCAGUUCAAAGUUGCGUGUAGCAGCCAUAUAAGGGAAGUAUUGAACUGAAUCUUGGAUCAUUUAAAACACAAGUAGCUAGAAAGAAUGUGACAUGAUCCAGGAAUAUAACUAAUGGUAGGUUUGCUUGCAUGUUAAGUUUACUUCUACAAUGUUACAUGAUUGUUGAUUUCAUUUGUAUUUGAGAGUGACUUGUACUUC